AAAAGCAAAUGUAAGUUAAGAUUGUGACAAGCAACACUUUCUUCACAUCAUUCAUUUUCUGUUACCCUUCUCUUUUCUUUCUUCUGCACAUUCCUCUCUCUUCAAAUUAAAACCCCACACACAGGAUACAACACAACCCAACGCAGAAAUUCUCUCUCCUAGUUUCACGAAAAAAAGAAAAAGAAAAAAUUUGGGAACACUUUCGAUUCUCUCUGUGACACCCACCGACGGUUCUUGCUGUGUGAGUGUCAUUCUUCUUCUUCGCCGCUCCCAAUGAAACGUGGGUACCAGGAAUCUCCUUCAACCUCGUUAGGUCCACCUCAAUCCAGAGCUAGGCAUGAUCCUCAAGGUGGUGCACACUUUCUUGAGGACGAAAGCACUAAGAAUUUUGCUCGGAAAGUAGCUGAUCAUUAUAGUGCAAGAUCCAACCAGACCUUGGAAGAACGGGAGGCGAGUCCUAUUAUUCAUUUGAAGAAACUCAAUAACUGGAUUAAGAGCGUCUUAAUUCAGCUUUACACUCGCCGGGGAGAUGCAGUACUUGACCUUGCCUGUGGCAAGGGUGGUGAUCUUAUCAAAUGGGACAAGGCCAAAGUUGGGUAUUAUGUUGGUAUUGACAUCGCUGAAGGCUCCAUCAAGGACUGCCGGACACGUUACAACGGUGAUGCUGACCAUCACCAGAGACGUAAAAAGUUCACAUUUCCUGCUCGCCUUAUUUGUGGAGAUUGUUAUGAGGUUCGCUUGGACAAAGUUCUUGCAGAUGAUGGUCCUUUUGAUGUUUGUAGUUGCCAGUUUGCAUUGCAUUACUCAUGGUCUACAGAGGUCCGUGCCCGGAAAGCUUUGGCUAAUGUGUCAGCUUUACUGCGCCCAGGAGGCAUUUUCAUUGGAACUAUGCCUGAUGCCAAUGUGAUUAUCAAGAAGCUUAGAGAAGCUGAAGGAUUAACUUUCGGUAAUAGUGUCUAUUGGGUGCGUUUUGAUGAAGAAUUUUCUGAUAAGAAAUUUAAAUCUUCCAGCCCUUUUGGAAUAAAGUACACAUUCCAUUUGGAGGAUGCUGUUGAUUGUCCUGAAUGGAUUGUCCCCUUCAACAUAUUCAAGUCAUUAGCUGAAGAGUAUGAUUUUGAGCUUGUUUUUGCAAAGAACUCGCAUGAAUUUGUGCACGAGUAUAUGAAGAAACCAGAUUUUGUGGAGCUCAUGCGAAGACUUGGUGCAUUGGGAGACGGCAACCAAGAUCAAAGUACACUCUCGGCCGAUGAAUGGGAGGCAGCAUAUUUAUACAUGUCAUUUGUAUUGAGAAAGCGUGGUCAACCUGACAAAAGUCAACAGAGUAGCAGAAGGGACCGAGGGUCGAUGCACAUUUCAGAGGAAGACAUCAUGUACAUUAGCACUGAGUAUUAAAUGUGAAUAAGAAACAACCAGUCUCUGAAAUUUUCUAGAGUGGCUUGCAUUGUCAUGUGCCAAUACCAAUGAUCUCACAACCGUGAGCUUCGGCAAAUUAUUUUUGCUGCAAAAUAUACGAUGAAUUUUGUAGGUCCACUAUAAAUAAAUAAGGCAAAUUUUUUGCCUUCCAAUUUGUAUUAGCUUCUGGAUUAGACUUAUGGCAGUUUACUUUUAGCAAACUCCCUCACCAACAUAUUCUUCCCUGUUACAGCAGAUGUUGAUAGUGAAUAUUGAAAAGGUUUCAAUGACACAGUUUUUAAUUUUUAUGGAA